CGGGGCGUGCAGGGCACAGUUCGGUUCCGCACCACCUUUCGUAAUACCAUCUACGACGUCUUUAGAGCCCGCGGCUGGCGCGAGACCGAGUCCGACACUGACUGGGAUGUCGCAUGGGUCGACGUCGGUUGGAUCCGCGACAACAUGGAUGCAAUGCACUUCGACGAGCACCAGCGCAUCAACCACUUUCGCAACCACUACGAGCUGACGCGGAAGGAUGCGAUGAACCGCAACCUCCGUCGCAUGCAGCGGCAGCUCAUGCGCGAGGAGCGGCAUGACGAGGCAGCACGAAAGUAUGACUUCUUCCCCACCACCUACGUGCUCCCGGUCGAUUACGGACCGUUUGUGGAGGAGUUCAAACAGCAGGCGCGCGCUACCUUGCCCCCAUGUUGCGCUCAGGCGAAUGCGAUUUGGAUCAUGAAGCCGAUCGGUAAGGCGCAGGGCAAAGGCAUAUUCCUCUUCAACAAGCUCUCUCAGAUCAACGAGUGGCGCAAGGACCACCGCUGGAAGCCCGACGAGGCGCAGACGGAGACUUACGUGGUGCAGCGCUACAUCGAGAACCCGCUGCUGGUGGGGGGGAAGAAGUUCGACCUCCGGAUCUACGCACUGGUCACCUCGUUCAACCCGCUCGUAUGCUACCUGUACUGCUCGGGCUUCGCACGCUUCACCGGGUUCCGCUACUCGAGCAGUGCGAAGAAGCUGGGCGAGUCGUACAUGCACCUCACCAACGUCGCCAUUCAAAAGACGGCGCCCGGCUACGACGCUGAUGCGGGAUGCAAGUGGCCGCUGCGCCAGCUCAAGCUGUACUUGAUUGGCAAGCUCUUUGCCGAGAUGCAGGAGAUGAUUAUCGCCUCCCUCCUCGCCGUCCAGAAGGUGAUGAUCCAGGACAAGCAUGCCUUCGAGAUGUACGGCUACGACAUUAUGGUGGACGACCAGCUCAAGCCUUGGCUCAUCGAAGUGAACUCAUCGCCUUCCCUCUCCGCUGAUACGCCGACCGACUAUGAGCUGAAGUUU